GCAGCUUUCAUCAUAUUUCAUUUGCUUGCUUGAUUGCGAUCAAGAAACAUGAUGAAAAUGAGAAACGGUGCAGUAUUGCUGGUAAUGGUUAUUGUUUGCUUUGCAAGCAUCAUGGUUGCUGCAGUGGAAGCUAACUGUCCUCCCCCUCCUCCUCCCAGAAGAAAAACUUCUCCCCCGCCACCUCCCAAAACUUCAUAUUCUUCACCUCCUCCACCACCCACCACUUCAUCUCCUCCUCCUCCUCCCACCACUUCAUCUUCUCCACCUCCUCCACCCCCCACAUCUUCAUCUCCUCCUCCUCCCCCCACCACUUCAUCUCCUCCUCCUCCUCCUCCUCCACCCCCCACAACUUUAUCUCCUCCUCCUCCAAGUUCGCCAAGUGGUGGGAAUUGUCCACUAAAUGCAUUGAAGUUAGGAGCAUGUGUGGACGUUCUGGGAGGGCUUGUAAACGCCACCAUUGGAGAUCCCGCUGUGAACACGUGCUGCCCUGUUCUACAAGGCGUUUUGGAAAUUGAGGCAGCCCUCUGUUUGUGUACAACUAUUCGGCUUAAGCUUUUGAACCUCAACAUCAUCCUUCCCAUCGCACUUGAGCUCUUCAUUCAAUGUGGUCUCACCCCUCCACCUGGAUUUACAUGCCCACCUCUUAGUUAAACAUGGGAACUCCGCAACAGCAUGCCUCUUUCUUGAACGUAGACUUAGAUUUCGUGUUGGAUUUGAUUUGCUUUAUUUAUAUGCCUUGAAAUGUAUUCUGUAUUUCCGCUAUAUUGUUUAACGAUUGCUAGUGGCUAUGACCGAGGGGAUGAAUUGAUGACCGCAUGCGGUUAGUAAACUCGCUUAGAGUGACUAUAAAUUCAUCGUUUCGAAUAAUGAAUCAAUAUUGAGUUUGAAUAAAAUGCAUAUC